UAAUGCCUGUAUUUCUCAGCAAAUUUAAGACAUCAACAUAAUAACACGAAGCCCUCUAGAAACAUAUUUGUUAUUUCUUAGUUGUUAUUGAUUCAUUCAUUUUUGCUAAAGUUUAAAACUUUUUGCUUAUAAAAUUAGCAUUUUCAGCAAACUGGAUUUUACAAUGCAGACACGAGCACUGGUUUAUACCGCAUCAUUCCGGAUUAAAGAAAGAAGACGACAAACGUUUAAAGUAACGCUAUGUCACUUUUUAAUCAGUUUUCUGUACUUAUCAUGGGUCUCACAAGUCGAGGCAGGUGGUGACUGCCCUCAUCUUAAGCUCAACCCACCGAGUGUUGUUGUGGAGUACGGCAGCUCUGUUUCAGUGGAUUGUAGCACUGAUGUCACACAUGAUGGGAUGGGCUGGGAAGCCCCUGAAGGAUCAGUACCCAUGACCACAGACAAACUGAUCACCUGGAGAGUGUCUAACCUGAGACAAUGGGACAUACAGUCACAGUGCUACAUAAACUACAAUAGGAAACAAUGCGAAACUUUUGUCUCAAUCACUAUUUACAAGACUCCAGAUAGUGUCUCCAUCAACACACUGAAUCACACAGGACCAAUGAUAGAGGGAUCAUGGUAUGAGCUCAAGUGUGACAUUGUGAAUGUGGCUCUUAGCAAUCUCACAGUGAAAUGGUUUAAAGGAGAGAAAGAGGUGCAUACUAAAACCUUCACUGACACCAUCAAGACUCCAGUGAAUGUUACAUCUACACUUAACAUCACUGCAGUCAGAUCUGAUGAUGGAGUUCAGUACAGAUGUGAAGCAGAGCUGAAACUGGGAGCAGAUGGACCUCAACCUCCUCCUAAAGUGACAUCAGAACCUCUCAGCAUCACAGUACACUAUCGACCAAAACACGAGGUCACCAUUGAACUCAUCAGUACAAAUGAUGGAGACGUAAUUCUGAACUGUAUAGUACCAGCAAAUCCACCUGCUACUUACUCCUGGUACUCAGAGCAUUUGACAGAGACAAGAAAUUCAGCAGUGCUCUCAUCCUCUAAACUGACUCCAGGAAACUACACAUGCACUGCUACAAACACUCUAGGAAAGUCCAGCAAAGUGUUCACCAUCACAGGUGGCCGCACUACAUUCUGGGCUAUUCUUAUAUUUGGCCUGAUGAUACUUGUAAUAUGGUUUACAUCUUGUGCAGCAUACAGGAUGUGUAACUUAACUCAGAAUUCUGUUUACUUGGCGACCUGAAACUGGGAUCUUCUGAUCAGGGAGUACACAUUAAUACUAAAUUACUUUAAGAAAUGUCAUUUAGGACUUGGUUGCGUUUGAAAGAAUUUCUUUAGACUUGAAAACACUGUAUGACAUUUGAUACUCUGUGUUACAUUCCUGUACAUCCAAAGGAUGUUUCUAGGCUGCAGUGUUUAUUUGACUAUCUGAAAGAUAUGUUAGAUGUCAUCCAGCUUCCUUCAGUUAAAUGAAACAAAAACUGAAGUUUUAAUUUUUGGCCCCUGUGCUUCCACAGAGGUUGUUGCCAAUAAUUGUGGACCUCUAUCUGGUUAACUUCACACACCUGUAUAUGUUAAACUUGGGUGUUACUUUUGAUUCUGCUUUGACUUUUGAUAAACAGAUUAAUUCUGUGGUCAGGUCUGGUUUUAGUAGUUAAAGAAUAUAUCUAAAAUGACGUAUUUUUAUCAUUUAAAGAUAUGGAGUCUGUAAUUCAUGCUUUUAUUUCAUCCAGAUUAGACUAUUGUAUUGUUUUGUAUAGGGUUCUCCAACCCUGUUUCUGAAGCUACCUUUCUACAUCCUUUAAUUCCAACCCUGCGCUUGGGUUGGUUGUAAAUUUCUGCAGGACAGUAGCUCUCCAGGAACAGGGUUGGAGACCUCUGAUACGCUGACUGUUUGUGUUUAUUUACUGACUCUGAUUGUGUAUAUAAAUGUUGCAAUGCAUACAAAAAAACCUAAAUUAAAUUAAAAAUUAAUUAAACAUUUA